UUUUGUGGUAAUUCUGAUUGCAGUGAUAACGAGUCCCGAAGGGAGGAAGAGCAUGUUGAAGCUAGCGGAAAGGAUGGUUAUGAGCUUUUGCAGCGGUGUUGGCGCGUCGACUGCACAUGCAUGGACCACAAUGUCGUCAACUGGAUCCGAUGAUGUUCGAGUCAUGACCCGAAAGAGCAUGGAUGAUCCGGGAAGACCUCCGGGGAUCGUUCUUAGCGCCGCGACUUCAUUCUGGAUCCCAGUGGCUCCCAAACGGGUUUUCGACUUCCUCCGCGACGAAAAUUCAAGAAGCGAGUGGGAUAUUCUGUCAAAUGGAGGAAUGGUUCAAGAAAUGGCUCAUAUAGCAAAUGGUCGAGAACCUGGAAACUGCGUCUCCUUGCUCCGAGUCAACAGCGGAAACUCGAGCCAAAGCAACAUGUUGAUUCUACAAGAGAGCUGCACGGACGCAUCUGGAUCGUACGUUAUCUAUGCGCCGGUGGAUAUAGUGGCGAUGAACGUUGUUCUAAGCGGAGGAGAUCCUGAUUACGUGGCGUUGCUCCCAUCUGGUUUCGCUAUAUUACCCGAUGGUUCGGUCGGAGGAGGAGAAAAUGGGAAUCAAGAAGUGGUUUCUUCUUCUACUGCAUCUGAGAGUUGUGGUUCACUGUUAACCGUUGCGUUUCAGAUACUUGUUGAUUCUGUUCCUACAGCUAAGCUCUCUCUUGGCUCGGUGGCUACGGUUAACAGUCUGAUCAAAUGUACGGUGGAGAGGAUUAAAGCAGCCGUUGCUUGUGACCGAGGUGGAGGAGGACCAUAAUUCUUCCAGCCUUCCAGAAGUAACAAGGAAAGGAGAAAAAUAGCGUUUAUGCCUUAAUGGUUUAUUUCUAGUUCUGUAUGUUUUGAUAAUCCAGAUGAAGUCAAGAACGCACCUUUAACGUUUAAAUCUUUAUCUCAAGGAUGAUGAGAAAAGAAAGGGUAAAGAGGUUCGGGUAUUGACUUCUGAUGGAAACCCACGGUCCUUUUUAUUUACCUUUUCUAAGUUUGUCUAUUCAGCGUUCUGCUUUUAUAACAGUUUGUGAACACUUUUGGGUGUCCUCUCUUUAUGUGUUUUACCCACCAAGUGUAUGUUUCUUUAUUGUUUUGUAAGCUGCAAGACCAUAUAUUAGUAACAUUAGUUUCUGUUGAACUCCCUA